AGGGAUGACUCGUUCAAGAUGCUGAACAAAAAAGUUUGAUUUUGGAAAAACACCAUCAUUAUGGGAAUGUACACGCGGUAGAAAAAUUACGUCAAUCCAUUGAAAUAUGGUAUGCUACAAGUGAAUAUUUGCGACAAGAAAUGAAUUCGAAUUUUAGGAUGACUGACCCUUUUAAUCCAGUUCAUAUAAUGUCUUUCUCGGGAGCUAGAGGAAAUGCAUCUCAGGUACAUCAAUUAGUAGGUAUGAGAGGAUUAAUGUCGGAUCGUCAAGGACAAAUGAUUGAUUUACCUAUUCAAAGCAAUUUGCGCGAAGGACUCUCUUUAACAGAAUACAUCAUUUCUUGCUACGGAGCUCGUAAAGGAGUUGUGGAUACUGCUGUACGAACAUCAGACGCUGGAUAUCUCACUCGCAGACUUGUUGAAGUAGUUCAACACAUUGUUGUCCAUCGAACGGAUUGUGGCACCGCCCGGGGUAUUUCUGUGAGUCCUCAGAAUGGGAUGAUGCCGGAAAGGAACAUUAAUUGGCCGUGUAUUAGCAGAUGAUAUAUAUAUGGGUUC